AUGAAGAACGAGUCCAGAUUGUUCUCGUGGUUGUUCUCCAAAAAGGUUCCCCCUGUGACUCCUGAAGAGGAGCGUAUUCCUUACAGAUGGACCCAGGUCAAUCCCUUCAUGCGUUUGGGUUUCUGGUGGUUGUGGCCCAUCUUGUUGAAAGGGUACAAGAGAACCUUGCUUCCCCAAGACUUGUGGACCUUGACUCCCGAACUCACCACCAAGGUGAUGCACGAUGCCUACGAAAUCAACUUGAACAACCUCUUGAAGCAAGCCAAGGCUAGACACUUGAAAAAGAACCCAGAUUUGACCAACUUCGAAUGGCCUUCUUGGAUUGUCGCCUGGGCCUUGUUCUUGACCUUCAAGUGGCAAUACAGUUGGAGUUGCAUCUGUUUGGCGCUUUCUUUCUGUUGCCAGGCGUUGUCUCCCUUGAUCACCAGAAGAUUGAUUGACUUCGUCGAAUUGAGAUUCUUCAACAUCGAAACAAACUACAACAAGGGUAUUGGCUACACCUUUGGCUCGGUUAUCUUGAUCUUCUUGAACGGUCUUACCGUCAACCAUUUCUUCCACUGUGCCAUGAUGACUGGUGCUCAAUCCAAGGCUAUCUUGACCAAGUCGCUUCUCUUGAAAUCGUUCACUUUAUCGGCAAGAUCAAGAUACAUUUUCCCAAUCGGCAGAAUCACUUCUUUGAUGAGUACUGACUUGUCCAGAAUUGAUUUGGCCAUUGGAUUUCAGCCCUUGAUCAUCUGUUUCCCUAUCCCUGUUAUCAUUGCUGUUGUUUUGUUGUUAGUCAACAUCGGAGUUCCAGCUCUCGCAGGUAUUGGUUUAUUUAUUGUUUCAUUGGUUAUCUGUGUCUUGUUGACCGGAAAAUUAUUCAGCAUCAGAGAGACUGUCGUCAAGUACACCGAUCAAAGAAUCGGUUUGAUGAGAGAAGUCUUGAGCAACCUCAAAGUCAUCAAGUUUUACGCUUGGGAAUUGGCCUACAAAUUGAACAUUGCUGAUGUCAGACAAAAGGAAAUGAAGCACCUUUUCACCAUCAAGGUGUUGAGAAACUUCAUCACUGCCUACGCUGUUACUUUGCCAAUCUUGACUUCGAUGGUCUCGUUCAUCACCAUGUGGGCCAGCAACAGAAUGAAGUCUCCCGGUGAGGUUUUCUCCUCGUUGAGUUUGUUCUCUAUCUUGGCCCAGGCAAUUAUGCUUGUGCCUGUUGCCUUAGCUACUGGUGCCGAUGCUUACAUUGGUUUCACUCGUGUCACUGAUUUCUUGAGUGCUUCUCAGUACAAUGAAGAUUUAGAAAAGAAGUUGGAUGAUGCCAACGAAAAGUUUUACAUCAACGCUGGCUCUCUCGCUUAUGGCGAAGGAAACUCCUCGCAAAUCAGCCAAAGAUACGAAUCCCCAGACCCAACUAGUGAAAACGCAAUUGAAAUCAAAGAUGCCCAUUUCAUUUGGGAAUCGUUCCAUGAUCAACUCGAGGCUGAUGCCUGGGAUUUGAAACAGGCUCGUCAAAAGCUCAUGAAGAAGGAAAAGCAUGCUUUGAAGAUGGAUGAAAAGGAUAACUUCUACUCCAACAAUUCCAAUAACGGUUCCAAUGCUUCCUACUCCGACAAGUCCAUCAACCAGUUCCCUGGUUUGACUAAUAUUAACCUUGACAUCAAGAGAGGUGAGUUCAUCAUUAUUACUGGUAUUAUCGGUUCCGGUAAGAGUUCGCUUUUGAGUGCUAUGGCCGGUUUCAUGAAGUUGAACUCCGGUGAGUUAAAUGUCAACGAUGACUUAAUCUUGUGUUCUAACCCUUGGAUUCAAAACGCUACUGUAAGAGAAAACAUCUUGUUUGGAGAGCAAUUCGACCCAGCCUACUAUAAGAGAGUUAUUCAUGCUUGUGCUUUGGAGGAAGAUUUGGAUAUCUUGCCCGCUAGGGACUUGACCGAAAUUGGAGAAAGAGGUAUCACCUUAUCUGGAGGUCAAAAGGCUAGAAUCAAUUUGGCCAGAGCGGUCUAUUCGCAGAAGCAAAUCUUCUUGUUUGACGAUGUUAUUAGUGCCGUUGACUCUAGAGUUGGAGGUCACAUUGUGAAACACUUGUUCCAAGGUUUGUUGAAGAACAAGACUGUUAUUUUGGCUACACAUCAACUUGGUAUUAUCGACAGUGCCGACAGAGUUGUUUUCUUAAACGGUAAUGGUUCAGCUGAUGUUGGUACCGUUCCUGAUCUUUUGCAGAGAAACGAACUUUUCGAAAGAUUGAUCGAAUUUUCCAAAGACCAUGAAAUCAAGGAAGCCGCCGCAAACCCCGACUUGAACCCUGAAAAGAUGAGUAAGGGUGAAGAAGUUCAAUUGAUCCAACAACAAAGUUACACCGAACAAACAGGUGAAGAUGAUCUUUUAGGUAGAAUCACUCUCGAUGAGGAAUCUGCCACUAAUGCUAUCUCUUGGGAUGUUUACAAGAAGUAUAUCUCCCUUGGUUCUGGUAUCUUUGGAUGGACUGCAUUCCCUGUCUUCAUUGUUCUUGUUGCUAUCGCUACCUUUUUCCAAGUCUUUACCAAUACUUGGUUGUCUUACUGGAUGGAAAAGAAGUGGAGAAACAAAACUGACAAAUUCUACGUUGGAAUCUAUGUCGGUCUUACUUUCCUUACUGUCAUUUUCACUGCCAUUGAAUUCACCAUGUUAGCUUAUUUGAACAACAAUGCUGCCGAGCUUUUGAAUGUCAAGGCAGUUGCAAAGGUGUUGCAUGUUCCAAUGAGCUACAUGGACACAACUCCUAUGGGAAGAAUCUUGAACAGAUUCACCAAGGAUACUGAUACUUUGGAUAACGAAAUCUGUGAACAAAUGAGAUUGUUCAUCUUCCCUCUUGCAUUGAUCAUUGGUAUUGUUGUGUUGUGUAUUUCCUAUUUGCCCUGGUUUGCUAUUUUUGUUCCAUUCUUGAUUUUCGGUUUCGUCUUUUUCUCGAACUUCUACCAAGGUUCGUCAAGAGAAAUCAAAAGAUUGGAAGCCACUCAAAGAUCUUUGGUCUACAAUAACUUUAACGAAACUUUGACUGGUAUGAACACUAUCCAAGCUUUCAGAGCAGAACAUGUCUUCGUGGAAAAGAAUGAUAGAUUCCUUGACAACAUGAAUGAAGCAUACUACUUGUCUGUCGCAACUCAAAGAUGGUUGUGUGUUCACUUAGACAUCCUUGCCAGUGCAUUUGCUUUGGUCAUCUGUAUGCUUUGUAUCACUGAGCAGUUUAACAUUAGUGCUUCGUCGACUGGUUUGUUAUUGAGUUAUGUUAUCCAAAUUGUUGGUUUAUUGUCGUUGACUGUCAGAGCCAUGACUGAAGUCGAAAAUGAAAUGAACUCGGUUGAGAGAUUACACAACUACGCAUUCGAGUUGCCACAAGAAGCUCCUUACCAGAAGACUGAGUUUACUCCUCCAACCGAAUGGCCUUCCUCUGGUUACAUUGAAUUUGACCACGUUUCAUUGAAAUACAGACCAAAUUUACCCCACGUCUUGAAGGAUAUGAAUCUCUUCGUUUACCCAGGUGAAAAGGUUGGUAUUUGUGGUAGAACCGGUGCUGGUAAGUCAUCCAUCAUGACUGCCCUCUACAGAUUAGUCGAGUUGGACGAAGGUAGCAUCCGUAUUGAUGGCUUAAACAUUGCUGAUAUGGGCUUGCGUGACUUGAGAUCUAAGUUGUCUAUUAUUCCACAGGACCCUGUGUUGUUCCAUGGUUCAAUUCGUAAGAAUUUAGAUCCAUCUAGUCAAUACUCUGAUGACUUGUUAUGGGACUCGUUAAGAAGAUGUGGCUUGAUCGAAGAUAAGGAUUUACCUAAACUCAUGAAGGCCAAGCACGAUGUUGAAAACAGCGUUGGCUAUGAUGAUUUACACAAGUUCCACUUGGACCAACUUGUCGAAGAUGAUGGUACUAACUUCUCACUUGGUGAAAGACAAUUGAUUGCUUUAGCCAGAGCUUUGGUGAGAAACUCCAAGAUUUUGAUUCUUGAUGAAGCCACUUCUUCAGUCGAUUUUGGUACAGAUUUGAUGAUUCAAGAAACCAUUGCAAGGGAAUUCGGUCAUUGUACCAUCUUAUGUAUUGCCCACAGAUUGAAAACAAUUGUCAAGUACGAUAGAAUCAUUGUCAUGGACAAGGGAAAAAUUGUUGAAAAGGGAACACCUCGUGGUUUGUUUGACGCUUACGACCACUUUAGAAGCAUGUGUGAUAAAGCCAAUAUCACAAGUGAAGAUUUUUAAUAGUUUCUUCUCGCAUAAUUAUUUCGCUGUACAUUAAUUAAUGUUAUUUAUUAGA